AUGAUGUCCACUAAUAAUCCAAUAACUACCAACACAUCAUCUUCAGUCUGUGGCAUUCGCAAUGUCUCUGGUGUAGGAUGCCACUUGUCAAGUGCCAUUGUUGUGCUUUGCUAUGCACUGGUUCCAUUGCGACAAGCUCUCAUUCAUCUUCUGGAAUGUCAUGACAACAAUAACCACAAUAACAGUCAACCAGCCAUAUGCACCCCCGAAAGCCAAGCUCUGCUGGAACUCGCACGGCUGUUGCACGAAAUGGUAACGACGACGACGACAAGCAGUAGUGUAGAUCCGUCACGUGUGUUUGCAGCAUUUUCCAGCCAAUGCAAUCCGUACGAGUUGGGGGAUGCCACGAGAGCCAUGGCCGCCUUAUUGAAGAGAAUACGAUCCAUCUAUAAUAAUAAUAAGAAGAAUGACAAUACACAGGAAGAAGAAACCAAUAAUCCAAGCAUUGGCAAAGCAAAGGAGGAAUUCAAAUCAUUCUAUGAAGGUCUGUUGGGUGGUCCAACUGCCAUGCAACAAUCACUGGUGGGCACAAAGCGAAUGGUACCCAGAUCAUCUCUAACAACAGCCGAGCAAGAAGCUACAGCACUGAAACAAAUUGAAAUUGAAACAGAAACAGUCACAAUCAUCCGACACAAACAGAAAAGAGUGCCCAUGCCCUGUCCCUUUCCUGUGGACUGUUCUACUGCCGACUCCACAUCACUCCAGGAGGCUUUCCAAGAAGCUCUGGCACCCAAACCUGUCAAAGGAUACAACUGGGAUCGAGAUCCUGGUAACAGCAUGGACUAUGAACAAUCCAUCCAGCCUGAUGAAUCCUCUCAUCAAGCCAGAGGCAGUGAUGAGGAAGAAUCAUCAUCAUCAACUAGUGAUUGGACCACAUCCAAGCAAACAACUUUUUGUCACCCUCUUCCUGCCUUUCUACUACUGCAUCUACAACGUUUUGAAUACCAUCAACGUCAUGGACAAAUCCAAGCCACGCAAGGCAUUAUGGAGAUUCCCUUGCAGCUGGAGGUGCCAUGCCAUGAUGGCGACAACAAGGAUGACAUCAACAGUACCUACUAUUCCCUUGUGGGAGGCAUUUUGCAUGUUGAGGAUGAGGAUGCUGACACACAGUCCGAAGACUAUGAAGGAGGCCACUAUGUAGCUGUAUGUCAAGAUGACGAUAACAACUGGUUUCUCAUCAAUGACGAAAAGGUCAUUCCGCUAAAAGAGACAGUGGUACUUGAUCUGCUCGCUGGCAAGGCCCACAGCAGCAACAUUGCUGCAAAUUUGACUGACAAUGCGGGAACUAUUAUGAGGGGUGUCAUGUUGGUGUACUCGUGUUGGGAUGAACAAAAAUGCAAACUGUCCAUAGUAAACGAAUCCUUGUCACGGUUGGCGGAGGAAGGCAAAACCAUCCUACCAACCGUGCCCAAAGAACAACAAUUAGCAUACAAUAUGGUGGGAAAGAGACUACGAAUUCGUUGGGCCAAAGGGAAGUUCUAUGCUGGCAAAGUGACAUCGUACAAUGCAACAACGGGAAAGCACAGUGUCCAGUACGAUGAUGGCGAUGUGCGAGAGUACCUGCUGCACAAGAAAACCAUAGAGUGGGAAGAUGAAUAG